GUGGUCGUUACCAGCAUAUAUUCACGAUCCAAAAUGGCAGAGCAAGCUUUUCAAGGAAGCCUGCUCCGGCUAGUCAUCCUCUGCUCCACGGGUCUCUCCUCCUUCGCUCAAUCGUCGGAAGACUUUGACCCCUCAUCACUACACAUCGUCUCAAGCCAUGCCUCAGCACCACCGCACGCGGCCUUCAACAAGCUGCGCUCCCAACUACGCAACGAUGCCCUGGCCCUGGUCACGGAUGCGGCCAAGCGAGCCACCAACUUGAGCUUGGCGCUCAAGAAGUCUGCGAAACAGCAACAGAGCGACACCGAGGCUGGUGGAUCGAGCUCAACGUCCCCUCUGAGUGGGCUGGAUGCGGCGUCCAUUGCGGCGGCGCAGCAGCAGAUUGAUGCCUUCACCAACGAUGUUUUGCCCAAAUUGUUCUUCAUCUGGGGCAAGGCUAUGAAGGAGAGAGGCGUGUACAUUCAAGAAGACGAGCAAAUGGACGACAAGUCCAAGGCAUCUUCUGGCAGCGACCAAGACGCCUCAGCCUCAGCCACUCAGAGUCGCAAAGAGCUCGAAGAGUUGGCAAAGUCAAUGGGCGGACAAGUCAUGACGGCAUCAGAGCUCGGCCUGCCCUCGAGUCAACAGCUACGCAAGCUCCCUGGGCUAGGGGUGGGUUCCACUUGGACUCGGGCGCUGCGCACACACGUCCAAGCUGUGAGCACAGCAAUUGCGCAGUUGGGGGAAGCCUGCAUGGAUGAAAGGACGAAGAAGGCUGUCAAGGCUGCGAAAAUUGCGAGAGAACGGCGCGAAGGUGGGGCGGCAAUGACUGCCUCAGAAGAGGCUACACCACAGGCAGCGAGGACGCCAGCUGCUAUGCGACAGCAAUGCCUGUCUCGAACGGCUGCAGUUUGGGAGGCGUGCGAUGAAGCUUCCAAGACACUACCGAUGGAUAACGUGGCUGCUGUUCGGACUAGGUGGGCUCAACGUCGAGCCUUGAUGGAGGAUGGGGAGCGCGAGAUGAGCGAGGAGGCAGAAGGGCAGCCCAGCGGCAACUCUACGGCCGCUGAGCAGGACGACGAGUUUGGUCUUUCCGCCCUUGGCGGACUGGACGAACGUGAUCGCCAGCUACUGGGCAAGGUUCUCCCCCUUAUACGCUUGGGACGCUUACUCCACGACAGGACGGGCGAGCUCUGCUUGACGGACGGGGAGGCGUUGAAGCUGGAUGUGGACGAGCUAGAUGAGUGCGCCGAGGCAGUUGCGACGGCACAGGAUGACCUCGUCGCCGCGGUUCUCUAUGAUGAGAGGCCGGAGAGAGAAGAUGAUGAGGAUGAGGAGAGCGAUCAGGAGGGAUGGGAUCGCUCGGCAGUCGCUGAGGAUUACCUUAUGGCUGCGCAAAGACUCGUCGAGGCAUCAGCCGGAAAGGAGAAGGCCAUGGUAGCGCUACAGGAGAUGAGGAGGCUGUACGAGGGAAUUCCUAAGGAGGAAUGGGUCGGGGGUGACGCCCUUGAGGAAGGGGACGAUGACGAGGACGAGGAGUAGAGGCCGUUUUCAUACACGCACACAAGCAUAGAUUGAUCAACGUAUAUCAUUCAUCAUGAAGACGUGAGGAAACACAGUAGUAGCAUCGCAUAGCAAAGAGUGAUUAAAGGAAA